GGAGAGAGAGAGAGAGAGAGAGAGAGAGAGAGAGAAGUUCUGAAGCCAUUUCCUGCUCUUAAUGAACGAGACAGCAUAAGUACAAAGUAAUUAUUUAUAAUAAGUAGAAACAUUGGGAAAAAGCAAGAACCGAAGGCUGAGAAUAGAGAAAUGGAGAAGGGAAAGAAAACGCCUAGAGCGCACUGUUUGGUCUUAGCCUACCCAGCCCAAGGCCACAUAAACCCCAUGCUCCAAUUCUCCAAGCGCCUGGAACUCAAAGGACUCCAAGUAACACUUGUUACUACUCGAGCCAUUUCUAAUACCAUACAGAGAGUAUCAUCAUCCACUUCCAUUCCUCUCGAGACCAUAUCCGAUGGCUAUGAUGAAGGUGGUAGAAUCCAUGCAGAGAACAUCCAAGCCUACUUGGAACGCUUUUGGCAGGUUGGUUCCAAGACCCUUGUCAAUCUUGUUGAAAGGUUGAAUAGUUCAGUUUCAGGGUGCCCUGUUGAUUGUAUAAUAUAUGAUGCAUUUUUGCCUUGGGGUCUUGAUGUAUCCAAGAAGUUUGGGUUGGUUUCUGCUGCUUUUUUCACUCAAUCUUGUGCAGUAGACAGCAUAUAUUAUCAUGUGCACAAGGAACUCAUCAAACUUCCUGUUUCCAAGUCAGAAUUAAUUCUGCUUCCAGGAUUGCCACCACUUGAGCCUCAAGAUUUGCCUUCUUUCCUUUAUAAGGAGGGAUCAUACCCUGCUUUCUUUGACAUGCUUUUGGAUCAGUACUCCAAUAUUGAUAAAGCAGAUUGGGUCCUUUGCAACACAUUUUAUGAGUUGGAAAAAGAGGUGGUGGAUUGGCUUGCCAAGCUCUGGCCAUUCAGAACAAUUGGACCUUCUAUACCAUCUAUGUACUUAGAUAGGAGGCUUGAAAAUGACAGAGACUAUGGCUUCAGCCUUUUUGAGCCUAAUAAUUAUGCUUGCAUGAAUUGGAUAAAUGAUAGACCAAAAGAGUCAGUUGUAUAUGUGUCAUUUGGGAGCCUGAUAGAUCUAAGCAUAGAGCAAAUGCAAGAACUUGCCUGGGGAUUGAAGGGGAGCAACAGUUAUUUUUUGUGGGUUGUCAGGGAAUCAGAAGAAGCUAAACUCCCAGAAAAUUUCCUGGAGGAAACUUCCAACAAGGGUUUGGUGGUGACAUGGUGUUCACAGUUAGAGGUUUUAGCACAUGAGGCAGUGGGAUGCUUUCUCACACACUGUGGAUGGAAUUCUAGCCUGGAGGCUUUGAGUUUGGGAGUGCCAAUGGUGGCAAUGCCACAAAGGACAGACCAAAGUACAAACGCCAAGUACAUUAUGGAUGUCUGGAAAAUGGGACUUAAAACUCCAGUAGAUGAGAAAGGGAUUGCUAGAUGGAAAUCUAUACAAAAUUGCAUUGAAGAAAUAAUGGAGGGAGAGAAAGGGAAAGAGAUCAAAAGAAAUGCCUCCAAAUGGAGACAAAUGACCAAACAGGCAGUGGAUGCAGGUGGAAGUUCUGAUAAAAAUAUUGAUGAAUUUGUAGAUGCUAUUUUACAUAUUUCUUCUAGCAAUUGCAGGUGAAUAUGUAACUUAUUUAUUCACUUGUAGUACUAAAUUUUCUACUUCUUGUUCUUGGCAUGGUCAUUUGUGAUGUGUAUUGUCAAUUCCAUCCUUGAGGAAAAUGCAGUUUCAUUCCCAAGCAACAUUCCAAUUCCAACAAUAAAAGUUCAAGUUUUUAAAAUUUUCAAUAACAAUUCGAAAUCUUGCUCA